CUCUCAACUCUUUAUUAAGAAAAUUAUGACGGCAAAACAGCUGAACGUCAUUGUCGCUGCGUGCAACAAUCACGGAAUAGGAAUCGACGGGAAACUUCCAUGGCGACUAAAGAAAGACAUGGCGAUGUUUAAAAUGUUAACAACAAAGACAAACGACGAAAACAAACAAAACGCCGUCAUCAUGGGCCGAAAAACGUGGUCCUCCAUUCCGGAAAAGUUCCGACCUUUGGCGAACCGAGUGAACAUCGUCUUGAGCACCAGCAUGAAGGAUUCGCCACUAGGGGCGCAUUUGACGGGAAAUUUCGAAGAGGCGAUGAGGUUAAUAUCUGACGGCGAUCUUUCGUCUGUGGUGGAAUCCGUGUUUAUUAUUGGAGGGAGUUCCGUAUACAGCGAAGCUAUGAAGUGGCCGAAGUGUCGAGUUUAUCUCACUCGGGUAUUGUCGGAUUUCCAUUGCGACACGUUCUUUCCCGAUAUCAGUGACGAGAUAUUCAAAAAGACGGACAACCCAGAGUGGCUACCAGACACUCCCCAACAGGACGGUGAUAUCACAUUUGUUUACGAAGUGUACGAUAAACUAUAAUAUUUGAAAGAAAAGGUUUAAAGUCGCAAAUCCUAGUGUUUGAACACCUACCACAUGUUCACUGCCAUAAUCGUUUUUGAUAAUUCAAAGUAUUUUCGGUCAUCCUUGUUACUGUAUUUGUAAUACCACGAAAUUCAUUUUUUACUAUUUCUAAAAGUGCACGUACCUCUGAGAAGAAAAAGGUUAUGGAGACCAGCUCGUCUAUUUGUACGGGUAUUUUCAACACCACAAACUUUUGGUUUCUUCUAUAGUAAUAUGUUCAGGUAUGUUACAGGUUUGUAGAUUAAUCAGGCUUGGUGUCCAUGUUCGCGAGUUGAAACUAGGGUCUGCGAUUUUGAGGUAAAAAAGGUGGAUUGGUGGUAUUCUGUACCCUCGGGUGAUUUAGGUUUUCGGACAUACCAAGUAUUUUCUUCGUACUGACUGUUACAGAUCACGUGACUGAUCCCUAGUCCGUCUGUUCUGUGACGAUAGACCUCUGGAUGUUCCAGAAAUCUGAGAUUUUACGAAAAGCUUACGGUGGCCUUAAAGGCAUACUGUCACAGAUUUAAGGACCUUAUUACUCUAAAAAUGGAUAAUAAAUAAAAAUUACAUUAAUUGUUGGAAACCAAAUCCAGCUAUCGCAUCACCUUAACUGAACCAUGAUGGA